GAAGUGAGUAUUUUUCGCGCUGAUUGGGAGAAGAGUUUCCCGCAAGCUUUGAUUCAAGUUGAAUGAAAUCGGGGUUUUCAAGAUGAUUCAAACAGGCUAUUUUCAAAUUUGAUAACUAUUCGAGAAAUUCAACAGUAGCUGAGUGAGGCUGGAGUUGGAUGGGAUGGACAGUACCAGUAAGGGGCGGUCUCUGCCCUCGGUGCCAGAGGCCCUCAACCCAGUCAGCAUGAAGCAGCCAUCUGAGCCCCUGGGGGGGAGGAUGGGUCGGGGUGGGGGUGACCUGGGGGCGGACCCUGCCCUGCUGAUGGACAAGGCAGCUGCCCAGUUGGCCGUGACGCUCCAGGACAGUGUUCUAAACCAGAUGGCCUCUCAUGGUCAUAGUCAUGAGAGGCUGAAGGACCUGACGUCCCGCAUGCUGAACGGAGACCAGGACAAGCUGCCCAAGCUGUGCCCCCCCGAGCCCCCCAUCCUGAAGGGUACUGAGGCCCCCUCCUCCCACCCCAGCCCCCAGAGGAAGGCCACCUCCCCCGAGAUUAAACUGAAGAUCACCAAGAUGGUGUCCAAGGGGAAGCUGGCGCGCUUCGAGACGUUCUGUGGAGAGGGGCCCAACCUGCCUACUGAGGACCUCCUGGUUCCAGCCAGUAGGGCGGGGAGGAAGAGGAGACUCAUCAAACCCAAACCUCUGCACAAACUUGCCUCUAACCAUGACCCAGUUCCUGUGGAGGUGUCAGCUGCCAGUCAGCCAGAGGCUGCACCACAACAGAUCCAGCAGGCCAGUCCUCUGGUGGAACAGAGACAGGAAGAGGAGCUCCCUGUCAAUACAGUGUUCUCUGUGGGUGAUGUCGUGUGGACCAAGGUGUCAGGAUACCCAUGGUGGCCCUGCAUGGUCUCUACCGACCCAGAACUCAACACACACCUCAAACACAAAGCAAUUAACAGCCAUACGUCUGGCAUCCUAUAUCACGUCCAGUAUUUUGGGAACACCCCGGAGAGGGGCUACAUCUCUCAGAAGAACAUGGCCUCCUUCAGUAGGGAGGAACAAUAUGUUGAGCUCUGCCAUGGCAACAAACAACCAUCUUCCCAGGUCUUCCACAGAAAGGGUACCACUUCCUCCGUACCCAGGAAGCUCCAUGCCCAAUGGGUGGUGGGCAUCACUCAGGCCAAGGAAGCUGCCAGCCUGGCCCUGGAGGAACGCCUGGCCAAGUACACCUUUACCUACGAUACUAACGGGCCACACCUCAACCCCCACCUGCAGGCUGAGCCCGGCUGCGCUGAGCAUGUCCCCGCUGAGCUCGGUCCCGCUGAGCAUGGCCUCGACCUUGGACCAGAGCAGACAAAGGCCCAAACCCCGGACCAGGAGCUUUCCAGGCUGACCCUCCUGUCUCCCAGAUCAACCAGUUCCCAGGCCCAGCCCACCCCCACAGACUGCAGCACUUCACUGGAGAAAAAGAAGAGCGGUAGCCCCAGAACAACAGAUGGAACUGAGAAACGAGGGAAACGGAAGCAGACCUCUUCAACACUGAAAAAGGAAACAACUAAGAAGACUAAAGUCCCGGUCUCCCAUAAAGGACAAACAGAGAUGCCCUCUCAGGAUCUUGUCUCCCCUAGCUCAGAGACUGAACUACUUGAACCUCACAAGCAGAAACAGAAGAAGUCCAAACUGAAAUCUCAACUACCUGCCAAGACAGGGAGGAAGAGGUCCAAAGGGGUUGCCUUGACUACCAACAUGCUAGAAACCCUGUCACAUUCACCUAUAGCUAAGAAAGGUACCAGUACCUUUCCUGUUAAAGAACAGCUGAAGGCAGAACCUAAAGAUAAGAAGGAUCCUCAGAAGAAGCAGCUGCCUUGUAAACAAGCUCUAGAAAUCGACGAGGACAAGGACCAACAACCCAAGAAGAAACGCGAAGUUGGCGACAAACAGAAGGCUGUGUCAGCAGAGUCCUCCGCCCCCACGAAGAAGAGAAACAGAAAGAAAACGGAGACACAUGUUAAAGGAUUCACUAGUUCUAAAGAACUAGAGAAGACAAAGCCAAUCAGGAAGAGGAGGCUGGACUCAGCCAGCCAGUUAGCAGCCUCCCAGACCAAGAAGAGGAAGAGAGCAGCAGCUAGUCCUGAGCCAGAGGGCUCUGGCAUUGAGGAGCGUCCAGAGUCCCCCAGUGACAGCAUAGACCAGACCAACGGGGCAAAGAAGACUAACGGAGGAGGCCCCAAGAAGGAAUCUGUCUGUCAGGUGUGUGAGCAGGCUGGAGAGGAUGUGGUGCCAUGUGAGGGUCAGUGCUGUGGAUCCUUUCACCUCUCUUGUCUAGGAUCCACCCUGAAACCAAAGGACAAGCUGCUCUGUCCAGACUGCACCUCAGGGGUGCACCAGUGUUUCAGCUGUAAGCUGUCGGAGGGGGAGGUGCAUCGCUGUAACGUGCAACACUGUGGGAAGUUCUACCAUGAAGCCUGCGUCCGCCCCAACGCCCUCACGGUUUUCGACAAGGGCUUCCGCUGCCCCCUCCACUCCUGUCUCAGCUGCCACUCUAAACCCAAGGCUACCAAGGGUAAGCUGAUGCGUUGCCUGCGCUGCCCGGUGGCGUACCAUACAGGAGAGGUGUGUGUUGCGGCUGGCAGUGAGAUGUUGACCCCCACCACCAUCAUCUGCACCAACCAUUUCUCACCCAAGAAGGGCUACAGCCACCACUCACAUGUCAACGUCAGCUGGUGCUUCGUCUGCUCCAAAGGUGGUCAGCUCCUGUGCUGUGAGUCGUGUCCAGCAGCGUUCCAUCCAGACUGUCUGAACAUCGCCAUGCCGGAUGGCAGCUGGUUCUGUAACGACUGCCGGGCCGGAAAGAAACCCAAAUACAGAGACAUCAUCUGGGUCAAACUGGGCAACUACAGGUGGUGGCCUGCAGAGAUCCAUCACCCUCGGAACAUCCCCACCAACAUCCAGCACCUUCGCCACGAGAUCGGAGAGUUCCCAGUCUUCUUCUUUGGUUCUAAGGACUACUUCUGGACGCACCAGGGCCGAGUUUUCCCCUACAUGGAGGGAGACCGGGGCAGCAGGGUCCAGAAGAAUGGGAUAGGGAAGGUCUUCAAGAACGCGCUGUUGGAGGCGGAGACUCGCUUCAAGGAGAUCAAGAUGGAACGUGAGGCCAAGGAGGCGCAGGAGAACAACCGGAAACCACCUCCGUACAAAUACAUCAAGAUCAACAAGCCUUGUGGCCGUGUGCAGGUCUACACAGCCGACGUGUCGGAGAUUCCCAAGUGUAACUGUAAGCCCACGGACGAGAAGCCGUGUGGGUUUGAGUCAGAAUGCCUGAACAGGAUGUUGAUGUACGAGUGCCACCCUCAGGUCUGUCCCAAUGCAGAGCGAUGCUGCAACCAGGACUUCACUAAGAGACACUACCCAGAGACUAAGAUCAUCAAGACUGCUGGCAAGGGCUGGGGCCUGGUGGCACUACGGGAUAUUAAGAAGGGUGAGUUUGUGAAUGAGUACAUCGGAGAGCUGAUCGAUGAAGAGGAAUGUCGCUCCAGGAUCAAGUACUACCAGGAGAAUGACAUCACUCACUUCUACAUGCUCACCAUCGACAAGGAUCGGAUCAUAGACGCCGGCCCUAAAGGAAACUACUCCCGCUUCAUGAACCACAGCUGCCAGCCCAACUGUGAGACGCAGAAAUGGACGGUGAAUGGAGACACCAGGGUUGGGCUCUUCGCUGUCUGUGACAUCCCUGCUGGGACAGAGCUCACCUUCAACUACAACCUGGAUUGCCUUGGUAACGAGAAGACUGUGUGUCGCUGUGGGGCUCCCAACUGUAGUGGUUUCCUUGGAGACCGGCCAAAGGCCUCCGGUUUCCAGGCCGCGGAGCCCAAGGGGAAGAAAGCCAAGAAGAAAGUGAAGAAGCGUCGGACGCGGAACGAGGGGAAGGAGUCUGAGGACGAGUGUUUCCGCUGUGGAGACGGAGGGCAGCUGGUUCUGUGUGACAAGAGGAGCUGCACCAAGGCCUUCCACCUCUCCUGCCUGGACCGAACCAAGAGACCCUUCGUGUAUGUUGUUUAUAUUUCAGGGCGCUGGGACUGCCCGUGGCACCACUGUGACGUGUGUGGGAAGCCAUCUGAGGCCUUCUGCCAGCUGUGCCCCAACUCAUUCUGCAAGAACCACCAGGAGGGGGCGCUACGGCCCUGGCUCCACACUGGACAACUCUGCUGCCAGGAGCACGAUGACCCCUGACCUGGAGCCUCUAAACGCUCCAAGAGAGGCCUGAAGGUUCGGGUCUAGAGACGCUGACCUGCAGCAGAACAUGACCCAACUCCAUAAUAAUGUUUUCAACAUGGCUGACAGCACUGUAUGUCUCUCUCAUCAGGGAUUUUCUCAACAGCUCAUUCAACCAAUCGGGUCCUUCCACUCAGCUUGUACCUGUUGUGUUUGUCUGUAACUCGUCUGCACUGUGGUAGAAAGCACAAAGACAACAUGGCACCUCAGACAGAUACAGCAUUAGUCUCAUCAUUCCUCUCCCCAGUAGUUUUAUGUGUGUGUGUAUAUAUAUAUAUAUAUAUGUGUGUGUAUGAAAGACCAAAAUGAAAAUACUGGAAUAUUGUUAGUACCAGGUUGAAACUGUUUUUAUCUGAAGUAAUAUCGUAAGGCACUAUGGAUAAGUCUUGACUUACGUUUACUAUAGGCAAGUACUGCAUAUUGUUUUCAUUUGAGUAAUGUGAUGCCCACCUGUUCAGAGCUGAAACUCCCAUCACGUCGCUGCUGACCUCUAUAUGUACCUGUGGCUUUAAUACCGGAAUAAAGAAGACUUUAUUGAAGUUA